AUGCUAGCUGUACCAAAAGGAGGCUUAUCAGUGGCAGCACUUGCCGAUUGUUUGGGUCGGAGGGAGCGAUCUAGAGAUCAGAAAGAGGAAUCACGGCUAAAGAACUCAGGAAGAUCGAAUCCACAGCAGAGGACACAGGUUUUGUCGAUGAAGAUGGGGUUACCGGCAAGAGAACGUCAGAGGAUGAAGCUGCGAUCAAAGAGCAGGAUCGAAAGUGAAGCUCGACAAAGGACUGAAAGCGCAUGCGGCGAGGUGCGAAAUCCGGUGGUGCCGCUGCAAUUCGGCCGCGCAAGAAAGGAUUUUGAGCUGAAUUCGAGAGGGGCAAGGUAUCCAGUAAAAAAAGGUGAGCUUUUGUGCUGGUACCAGCCCAUCGUUAUAAGCGAUCAAACGGUGUUUGACAGGGCAGAUGAAUUCGUCGCUGAUAGGUUUAUUGGAGAGGAGGGGAAGAGGCUUCUGAAUUACUUGUACUGGUGGAACGGGCCGGAGACGGGGAAUCCGACGGUGGAGAACAAGCAAUGCGCGGCUAAAGACCACGUUGUGGCAACCGCUUGUUUCAUGGUGGCGGAGAUCUUUAGGAGAUAUGAUGACCAUUUGUACCGCUUGUUUCAUGGUGGAAACUUCUGAAUUACUUGUACCGCUUGUUUCACUGUUUGGGUGGUGGCUUGGAAUAAAUGGAGUGUUUUUUUUUUUUACCAUUGCAA